AUGACGUCCCGCGCCAGCGUCAACCGCGUCAGGGGGACCGGUCAAAGUCGAUCAAAGAUCGGUGUUUCGCGAGCCGGAGGCUCGAGGAGUAGAGCCGGGGUGUCGGCAGGUGCAAGCGGAACUCACGGGGGCGGGGUGGGAGGGGUGAGAGUGUUUUUAAAUGGAGUCAACGUCACGCCGCAGAGUUUGCUCACCUCAGCAUCGCGAUCAUCAGCGGGGAACACCUCGGCCGCGGCGGAAGCUGCCGCCGCCGCCACAAGAAGAAAGGCGUCAGGGGAUGCACCAAUCAAGCGACCUUCUGGAGGUGGCGUGGCGCCCCGAAAGAAGCCCAGCUUAUCGGUGGAAGCCCAGCAGAGCGCCCCGGCCGCUGCAAGAUCGGAAGGCGGGCAUGGUAGUGGUGGUGGCGGUGGGGCAAAGUCACCUGCAGGGCGUCGAAAGCGGGCGGGGGAAGGGGCCGGCGAGGAAAGUGGACUCACGGAGGAGGAUCUCAGCGCACCGAUUACGAUCGGAUUAUGCGAAACACCGACGAUGAUGUUGUUGGAGAUCCGGGGCUCGGCCGUUGCAACCGACCUCCGAGACUUUGGCAGGUACCAACAAGAGAAGCAGGACUACGAAAAACGGGUGCAGGAAAAGAUAGGAAGUGACAGGUUUGCUUCCAGACACGCACAGACUGUGAACUGGGCGCUGAAGACGAAAGAGGUUACGGCGGCUGCGGCGGCCACCAAAGACGCUUCGUGCGCCGCGACCACCUGGGAGAUCUUCGACGAGCAGUCCAAGGCAACGGACCAGGGCGUAGCAGACGAUGGGGUGUACGGGGGGGCGGGCAGCAAAGCGGAGGUCGGGGGAGAGGAAACAGCGGUGCAGCGGCAGGCCGGGGAGCUUGCGACGGUGACGCUCGCCAGCGACGGUUGCCUCCUCGAGACAGCAAGCACCGUGGCGCCCGCCCCGCUGCCAUCAGAGGCCACCGCCGACACCGGUAAGAGCGGCGGCGGCGGCGGUGGUGUCAGCACCAAUGCCGUCAACCCGAACGCUAGCCGAGCCCGCGGCAUCAGCGGCACGGGCGUCACAGGGCCGAUUGGUGGUGGUGGUGGUGGCGGCGGCGGCGGCGGAGCCGGGCGUGCCAAGGCCAACCCGAAAAACUCGAGCGUCGGCACGGUCGGAACUGCCGGGGGCGGUGGGGCAAGCAAGGUCAACCUGGACGGCGGUGGUGGGGAACUCGCGGAGGCGGUGGAAUUGCCCAUGGAUUCCAGGGGAGUCGCAGAGGUGCUGGCGGCGCAACAGGCGGAGAAAAUCAUGGUGUCGAAGCAGCUUCUCGAUUCCCUCGAGCUGGUGGAGCGGAGCUUGUUCCAGAACUUCCUCCACAGCAAGCAGCUCGAGUACCGCAACUACCCUCCCGUCGAGAUGCCCGCCGAGGAGGACUUGUUCGGCGGUGUGCCGGGAGGCACGGGUGGCAGCUCGAUCGGAGGAGGAUCGGAGAACCGCCAAUCCGACGCGUGGGAGAACAUGUCAACGAGCAACAAGCAAGACGGAGGGGGCCCGAAAAACACCAGUCUCGAGCUUUUGUGGACUCACCGAUACCCCUUCGCGGAGAGGGUAGGAGGCGGUGGUACGGCGGUCGAUUCCAGCGUCAACGGCGGGGCUCAGCACGGGGCAGGUGCGGCGCCAAGCGGUGGCGGCGGCGGUGGCGGCGGCGGUGGCGGCGGCGGCGGUGGAAGACCCCACCAGGCCGGAGCGAACCGUGCUCCCCGCAGCGGCGGCGUAGAGGCCGGCGGUGUUGGGGCCAUGGGCGGGGGGGGCGGGGGGGGCCCUGCCGCGGGUGCAACUGCCGCUGCUGCUGCUGCUUCGGCGGCGGCAGCCGCUGCCGAGCACGCUAGACGAGAUCGCACCGUGACUGCCCUUUGCUUCCACCACUACAACGGAGACGUCUUGGCGGUGGGGUACGGCGCUUUCUUCUUCUCGCCGAGCGUCCACAAGGGGGGUGCGGUGCUGUUUUGGUCGGUCCGCAAUCCCGAGUACCCGGAGCGCACAAUCCACACCCACAGCAGUGUGACCAGCCUGGACUUUGCCGAGAGACACCCGACUCUCCUCGCCGUCGGCAUGUACGACGGCACGAUCGCGAUCUACGACACCGCGAGGGAGGGCGAGCAUUCUUCGGUGGCCGUGGCGGAGAGCAGCACUUCCUCCGGCAAACACACUGACCCUGUCUGGCAGGUCAAGUGGGUUAACAAAGGUGUGGAGCGAGGCGAGACCCUAGUGUCCAUCAGCACCGACGGCCGGGUGGUGGAGUGGUCUAUGAAGAAGGGCCUUAGCUUCAGCCCUCUCAUGGUGCUCAAACGCAUCGGCAAUACGGAAGGCGUGAUAUCUCGGCAGGCCAGCGGCCUAUCGUUCGACUUCCCUCCCGGCGACGGAGCUACGUACUUCGCCGGCACCGAGGACGGCCUGAUCCACAAGUGCUCCGUCAGCUACAACGAGCAGUACCUUGAGACGUACCACGGCCACAAGGGCCCCGUCUACCGCAUCCGGUGCUCGCCCUUCUGCGACCGUCUGUUCCUGUCCGCUAGUGCCGACUGGACGGUGCGGUUAUGGGAAGAGCGGCAGACAACCCCGUUGCAUACCCUUCGGUCGGUGGAUCUAUGGGACGUGGUCAACGACGUGGCGUGGUCCCCGACGUGCUCCACGGUCUUCGCUUCCGUCGCAGGGGACGGGCGAGUCCAACUCUGGGACCUGGCGCACUCCACCCUGGACCCUAUCGUGUCCACUGACCCCAACGCGAAGAGGAACGACAGCUCACCUGGGGCUAGGUCGAUGGACAACGGCAGUGGCAGCGGUACCUCUACGCUCGACGGGGGAGCGUCCGUAACGGGAGGAAACGGACUCUCCCCGCGACCGCGGGACACAAACAACGCUGGGGACGCGGGGCGGUCUGAGCUGGGCGGUCUGUCCCCGAGGAACGUGCCGGCUAGGUCUCAGGGCUUGCCAAGCGGCGGCGGCGGCGGCGGCGUUGGAGGGUUGGGUGGCCAGCCGAGGGUACGGCCACGAGGGGUGCAGCUUACGGCAGUCACGUUCGCCGCGAACGCUCCUGUCAUGGCCGUGGCUUUCGAGCGAAACGCGGCUGCUGUGGCCACCGGCGGCCGAGUGCCUCGAGCGCCUUCCGAACAGCUUUCCAUCGCCCUCAAGACGUCCUGCCAGUCUGCCGUCUCUAGAGGAGGCGGCGGCGAGUUUUUCUGCUUGUCGUCGUCUUCUGCCAACGACGACGAAGACCGCGCUCUGAGACGCCGGAGCCGGUCGCCCAGAACAACGUGUAGCGCGGCGUCGAUUAUCCCCUCGCACUCCCUUCCGAGGCAAGACAACAGGCCAGGGUCGAGCUCCUCGCGCGGUGUCCCGCAGCCAGCUGCGGAAGUGGCGGUUGUGCCGGCGGCAGACGCCACCAUCCGACGAACGUACUCCUCCUCUUCUUGGUACGACGACGGCAGGGCGGCGUCAGGGACGACGCCCGCGUUCUUUUCAUCACCACCGCCGUCCGGUCCGAACCUGGCAGCCAUCGCAACGGCGGCACGUCGUUUCUUUGUGGCGGCGGUAGCGCUGCCCUUCUCGUCCAUCUGGAACUCGACCCAGCCCCCGUACCGGGCAGGAAGCAUGGCCUUGACAACCUCCCCCUCCGCCGUGCUAGGCGGCAUAGACGAGGGCGCGGCGUGGGGCGGCGGCGGCGGCUCCGGAGGCGGCGGGCCAACGGGGUUGGAAGCAGGAUCGUAG